CAUUAAGUUCACUGUCAGUGUCCAAAUUGUGUCGGCAGAAGAUAAGGAUUUAAUUUCAUUGCUAACAUACGUACAUAUUCGUUCUUUCUAUUCAUCAGAAAUGAUGUUGAAUAUAAUUGGAUAUGCUUUUCUUUUACAUUGGAUUUCAUACACAGUCCACCCUGUUGAGACUGUUAGUUGCAGGAAGGACAGUGACUGUCACUGUCAAGGGAACAACUUUCAUGCCAUCUGUCAUCAGAAUGGACAUGGUCAAUCCCAUUGUGGUUGCGAUCCAACCUACUGCGAUCCCAAUCCCUGUCCUUCUUCGCAGAUCUGUGUAGUAGACCAGGAUUCAAGCGUCUUCCGAUGCAGGGAGCCCUGUAUCGUUCAGUGUCCGGUGGGAAAGACCUGCAUCAUAAUUGAUCAAACCCGGAAAUGUAUAGACCCUUGUGUACCAAAUCCGUGUUCAAGUGCAAAGACCUGUGCUCAUACAAACAUAUCCCCAUUCUACGUAUGUGAAGCUCCACACACCACUCAAUCCACUACCAGACCAACUGAUCCACCGACCACAAAAGAGCCAAGUACAUCCAGGACAACUCACCCAUCGACCACAGGAGCAGCUAGCACAUCGUCGCCUUUACCCACGCCGACACCACUACAAUCGGAUUGCUCUGAGUUCAACAUCACAUUACAUGGAUGCCGUGACAGCUCGGCCUGCCUCUUGCCUCACAUACUUGAAGUCCUUUGUCCCGAUCCACAGCAGGCGAAGUAUUGUCCUACUAAAUGUGGAUGUUGCCAACCCACGUUCAUAGGCUAAGAGACCCAUCACAACGUCCGACAGAACAGAAAUAUAUUCUAUCUUUGUUUGUUGAUUACUAAUUAAAAAAAUGUCAUAGCAUCGUA